UAGGCGACGAUUUUUUAUUUAAUAACGUGUUGUGUGAUUUUGAGUAGUGAGUACUAUUGCGUUGUGAUUUUUUUGGUUUGAUGAUUAUUUCUUUAGGUUUCGGGAUUAACUCUAUGUUUUAUCCCAAUUGAUAAUUAUUGGUUUUCAACUUUUAAAGUUUAUAUUGAACAAGUACGUUACUAAGAUUUAGAAGUUUAUGUACAACUUGAACACAACUCUAACACAAUGGAAGAAAAAGUAUGUUCUGAUAUUAAAUGUUGGACGGACAGCCAAUUUUAUUUAGGUAUUUUAAAAUACCUAAUAUUUAAUAUGCUACGGUUGUUCUUUUGUGUUACGGCAUAUCUUAUGCGCAAAACAAGUUCUAUUUUUGAAAGACUAUCAGAAAAGUUUAAGGUAGUUGAAAACUUACAAAUUGUUAAACAUGAACAGUCUAAUGAAGAAAGCCCAGAGAGUAACACCAAUCUUCAAACUCCAGUUAAUCAAAAUAUAAACAAUAAUAAAGAUAUAAUUUGUCUAAAUGAUGAAGUCAAAGAUAAUGAAGAAAUUUCUAACAACAAAUUAGAGUCUGAAGAAAUAUUAGAAUCAAUUUCUGUUAAAGAAACUCCAAUCAAUCAAGACAUUGAAAAGAAGGAAAAAAAUUCAUUACUUGCAGGCAAUCUUGAUGAUACAAAUGAUAAGAUAAAGAAUAACGUUGAAACCCUGAUCAAUAAUGAUAACAGUAGUAAAGAAACAGAUAAUAAUGAAAAGAUAAAUAUAAACAAGAGUAAUGAAAAGCAAAUGACUACUGUAGAGAAAAACGAUUCAAGCGUUGGAACCCUGAUCAAUAAUGAUAACAGUAGUGAAGAAACAGAUAAUAAUGAAAAGAUAAAUAUAAACAAGAGUGAUGAAAAGCCAAUGAUUACUAUUGAGAAAAACGAUUCAAGCGUUGAAACCCUGAUCAUUAAUGAUAACAGUAGUGAAGAAACAGAUAAUAAUGAAAAGAUAAAUAUAAACAAGAAUGAUGAAAAACCAAUGAUUACUAUUGAGAAAAACGAUUCAAGUCCAGAAAGUAAAAAUUUAAGAAUAAAUGCACUUCGUAUAAUAAACAAAACUUUAAAAGAAAAUGUAGAAGCUGAUUAUCGUGUUAUUAACAAAACAUCGAAAGAAAAUGAAGAAGCUAAUAAUCGUAUUGUUAACAAAACCUUGAACAAUUAUGAAGAAGCUAAUAGCCGUUGUAUUAACAAAACCUUGAAAGAAAAUGAAGAAGCUAAAAAAAAGUUGGCGUUGGAUGCAAGACCAAGGCAAGCUGAUAAAUCACUGACUAAUGCAUCCAGAUUAAAAGGUAAAAGUCCUAUCAACUAUAAAUCAGAUAACCCAUGUUAUGAACGGUAUGAAAGUAAUAGAAAAGAACGUAAACAAUGGCCAAAGCAGCACCGUUCUGAAAGACUAAAUAGUUCUGAACAUAAUUGCAAUAAUGCUAAAGAUCCAUUUUACAGAAAUUCAAGAAAUCAAAAAGAUUAUUUUGAGAAACGUGAUAAUCGAGGUAGACGAACUACAUCUUCUACGUCUUCUAGAAAUGAAAAGAGUAUCGAAAUUUUGGAAGUUCAUGAUGACAUUUUUAAUAUGCCGGCUUCGUAUGCUCUUGCACGAUUUAUAUCUGAAGAUUUGCAAUUCUCUUCUGAUACAGCACUUGAUUUAAAAUAUAAAUAUAAGUGUAGUUAUGGUGAAUUAUUGGACCAGCAUUUAAAAGUUGGUGAUGUUGGCGUGAUUAAAAACAAUAACCAGUAUAUAUUCUUCUUAGUUACCAAAAAAAAAUACGAACUAAGUGUAUACUUCACAGAUUUGGAAAAAGCAUUAUUAAAUUUGUUAGAUCAAAUGAAAUAUUACAAAUUGACAAAAUUAGCAAUAUUUUUUUGUGAUCAACUACAGCGAUAUACUGUGCCAGAUAUAAAAAUGUUUCUUACUAAGGCAUUUUCUGGAACAAAUAUUUCAAUAAAUAUCUGCUUAUUGCCGGUGAAGGGGGAUGUAAAACAUUUGCCAAUGAUCCAGAGAACUAAUAAAAAUUUGUGGGAUAUGGAACCUCAAACUGAUAUUAUUAUGUUAAUAAACAUGGAAGAAAUGUAUAAAGAACAUUGGCACGAUGAAGUUAUUGACCAAAUUGAUGCAAAAUAUCCUUUUAAAAAACAAUUAAUAAAUGAUAUCAACAUGAAACCUAUGGCUCCUGGAGAAAUUCGCAUGUACAAAAUUAAUGGAGAGGUAUUGAUUUGUGUGUUUGUAAAAUCUUUGGACAAGGAUCGUGAUCAUUACAAGUCAUUGGAAAAAGCUUUUAAUCUUAUUAAAACCCAAUUAAGUGGUUAUCGGUACUUAGGACUGCAGCAGAGAUCGGCCAGUUCUGAGUAUGAUUUUGAUAUUAUGUCACAUCAGAUAAUACUCUUGCGUUCGGUUUUCAAUAAUCAAAAUGCUGAGAUUUGGUUAUGCGGUGAUAACGAUUCACAUAAAGCAAUGCAGUAUGAGCAAUAUCAAAAAAUUGUUAAAGAGUCUAUUGAAGCCAACAAGAUUGGAUAUACUGGGAAAAAAAAUUUUAAAUCUUUACAUUCGGACUUCAAGAGAGGUGGAGUUAAUAGUACAGGUAUUGUACAUGUAUCAUUACAACGUAAUGGUGCAAAUAACACUCCUGAUGCAACCAUUUCUCCAAUAAUUAAGACAUUCAGUGAUGAACAAGAAUUGAACAUGAGAAACAAUACAACAGCUAAGUGAUACAACAAAUUAAUUGACUGUAAAUUAUUGUUAGUUGUUUUUCCUUUAUAUUAAAAAAAACUGGUCGUUUUUAUGUAUAUUUAAUUUUACUGUUAAGAGAUUGUUAUAAAAAGCUAUUUACAUUUAAUCUUCAUGUUAUAUGAAACUAUAUUUUAAUACUUGAUCUGGUUCUCUUAAGAAAUAUCUUAAUUUUAUAUACUUCAAUUUUUAAUUUAAUAGCGAGCAGCAAUAUUUUGUUAACUUU